UCUGUGUUCUGUUCUUAAUUUUGACUUAGACCACUCCUCCCAGUCUUGCAACCCACACGCUCGCCCACACUGCCAUAACCAACACCAGCACCACUCUCUCUCUCUCUCUCUCUGAAUCCUCAAACUUCCUCUCCUGAGUUAUAGCCCUGACUUUUCUAUUUUUUACAUCAUCCGAUCCAUUCUAUCAGUCUCAGACCUUCUCUCUCUCAGGCCAGCCAGUUGUAGCUACUUACUGACGUGCGCAGCUCCACCUCAGCCAUGGGCGUACUGCGCCACCGCCGCCACCAUCACCAUUCAACCCUCACAGCCUUGGCUUUCCUCUUCCUCAUCACCUCAGCCUCCGCCAUACGUACUACUCCAACACAACUCGGUGGGCGACACCAGCAGCCUCAAGAGACCGAAGAUGAGGUUGCGGCCGAGAAGAGACUGGGAGGGCCGGGUUCUUCGCCGCCGCGAUGCAGAUCCAAGUGUGGAAGAUGCUCGCCGUGCAAGGCGGUGCACGUGCCCAUUCAGCCAGGUCUGAGCAUACCUCUCGAGUAUUACCCAGAAGCUUGGCGCUGCAAGUGCGGCAAUAAGCUCUUCAUGCCUUGAUCUUAAUUAUUAGUUUAGCUGCUAAUUAGUUACACAGAGAGAGAGAGAGAGAGAGAGAGAGAGCUAGUAGCUUAUUAAAAAUCUCAAAUCUAGCUAGCUCCCAGUAAUUAAUUAAUUACUGAUUGUUUAGCUUUUGAUGUUUAUAUUUUACUCUAUCGAUUCUUGCUUGGACGUGGGGGACAAGGGCGGUGUUGGGAAUGUAAGAUUUUGUUUAGAUAUCCACGCUCUCUAUCUCUUAUUGUUUAUGA